AUGAAUGCCAACGAAGGAUGCCAACAUAAUUAUGACAACAAGCAUAAACAGCCAGUGAGUCCCCGAAAGCAGGCAAUGCUUAAUUUCACACAGAUCACUUCAAGACAUGCACAUCAUCUUAACAAAGCGAAUUCCUGCCGGAAUGGAGACCUCGAUCCCGAACGUCGGACGCAACCACCUCCUGCCACAUCUGAGGCAACCCUGCGGCGGAGAAUGGCUGCGGCUACGGCUGCGAUGAUGAUGUCUGUCUCGGCUGCUCGUCCGUGGAAUGGAGUUUUACCCACCAGACCAUCAAGCGACAAUGUAAAUUCUGUGUUGAGCUUUUUAAUUGUGAAUAUUGCAGAAGUGGGGGACGGGGCAGGAACUCCUCCUCGGGGUGGCAAGUCGCUCAUACGCGAAAUGAACGCAGACCGCAGCCACCGAACUCGCAACAUUUUGGGGCGAUGGCGUUGGUGA